AUGGCCUCACCCACGACACACGCCCCGUCAAUACCGUCCCUCCCCACAACGCCCAUACUCACCCUCGCAAAAACACUUAUACGCCCCUACCACCCGACAGACACAGCAGCCAGCGCGAAGCAGGCCAAUGACCCAGACAUCGCCAGGUGGAUGCGCAACACCUUCCCCAACCCUUACGAGCUGCAGCACGCCGAGUUCUUCAUCGGCGGCAUCGCGCUCACCGACAAGUCGGCCAGUCCCCUCCGGCCCGAGGGCAUCCUUCUCAACUACGCCAUCUGUCGCUCAUCCGACGGUGCCUUUGUCGGCGGCAUCGGCCUGAAGCCUUUCAAAGACGUCGAGGCCCGUACCGUCGAGAUUGGGUACUGGCUGGGUCGCGAGCACUGGGGCAGAGGCUACGCACGGGAGGCCGUGGCUGCCUUCACUGCCUGGGCCUUCUCGACCUUCCCUGACCUCCUGCGCGUCGAAGCUGCUGUCUAUGAGGGGAACCUGGCGAGCGAGGCAGUGUUGAAGAAGGCUGGGUUCCAAUUCGAAGGCCUGAGGAGGAAGGCUAUCUGGAAGGACGGGAGGUCAUUGGACAUGCGGACUUAUGGGUUGCUCAGGGAUGAGUGUCCUGGACUGGAAGGCGUCAUCUGA